AUGGUGUCAUACACGUUUCUCGAUUACGUCAAUGGAUGCGAUGCGUUUCCAUAUCCUAACACCCCUACAUAUGACGCGUUCCUAUCUAUACACUAUAUUCUUCUUUGGAAUGACACACCUAUUGGCUAUGUAACGGACAGUGUAAUUCAAGCCCUCGGCUCAUUGCCUAUUACCCUUAAAGAAUCCAUUGAUCUCUCGAUUGACCACCAUAACCACCAACUCUCAAUCCUUCAAAAAUUGCAAACCACCAAUUCUCGAACUGCCGCAGUCGCUGCUCUUUGUGAUUACUGGAGGCGAUCUCAUACUUUUGAAGUUCUCUCGGGCUGGCGAGACGAGCUUUACCCUGUGUAUGGGCCUGGAAACGAAAUUUUGUGGAGUGUAGAGCGAAGCGCCAGUUCACUUUUUGGCAUAGUCUCAUACGGCGUUCAUAUGACGGCAUACACGAUUGACAAAAAUUCUGACUACGGAAUAAAGAUAUGGGUGCCCCGAAGGGCCAUGCGCAAGCAAACCUUUGGAGGGAUGUUAGAUAAUACUGUCGCGGGUGGAAUUGCAACAGGAGAACCACCCUUUGAGAGUUUGGUCCGAGAGGCAAAUGAAGAGGCAGGCUUAGAAGAAGGGUUAGUCAGGCAGCACGCAAAAGCUUCGGGAACGGUGAGCUACAUAUAUAUUCGAGACGCGAGGGCUGGAGGUGAAGUAGGACUGAUACAACCCGAAUGUCAAUAUGUUUAUGACAUAGAGCUUCCCGGAAAAGUUAUUCCAGUGCCGGUUGACGGUGAGGUAGAGCAGUUUUAUUUGUGGAGUGUAGCUGAGGUCCAGGCAGCACUGACAAGAGGCGAAUUUAAACCCAACUGUGCACUAGUGAUGCUGGAUUUCUUUCUGAGAUGGUCUAUCUUGACACAGGAUAACGAAACUUGUAGUGAGAUCAGGCGGCGAAUCCAUCGAAAGCUUGAGUUUCCUGGUCCACAUCAGUUAAUUUCAAGCACUAAAUGA